CCUGGGGCCUGUACUACGAACGGAGUUCAACCUACUUAGAACUAACUCAGGGUUUCCGCGGUAACCCGGGGUUGACUAAACCUGGACAUCUUGAUUGGUCUUAAACGGUACUACGACGCUGAUUAUGAAGUUGAUCAGUUGAACCUGUGUUCACUCAACCAGAGUUACUGCGCGUUCACAUAAAAGGGGUGGUACCAGCGCAAAAAAACACUCUCGAUCAUGGCGCGCUCUCCCUAUUUCACAGAAGAGGAAUGCGAGAUCAUAAUGAGGAGUUAUGAAGAGUAUAAACCGACCCUGGCUGCUAAAUCCAACACCGCGGCAGCAAACAAGGCGCGACUGGGGUGUUGGCAGCAAAUUACAGACCGCGUAAAUUCAGGUACCAGCAGCGCCAAACGGACCUGGCAGCAGGUGAAGAUGAAGUACAAAAACAUCAUUCAGAAUGCCAACAAGAAGAAGGUAGAAAUAAGGCGCACAGGAGGAGGGAGGGCACCAGACUCCUUUACUCUUGCUGAAGAGUUGGCCCUAGCCAACAACAGUGGCAGGGUGAUGAUGGAUGGGGUGGCAGGGGUACAGUCUAACCCUGGGGCAGCUGAAAUGUCCACCCUCUAUGUGCAAGUCGAGGGUGGAAACAUCACAACCCUGCAGCCACCAGGAUGCAUUCAUCCUCUGACACAGGAUGAUGAUGAUGAUGAUGAUGAUGACGAGACCCUCACAGCCCCCUCCGACACACACAUGCAGGAGGACUUGGAGGAGCUUUCCCCUCCUGAAGCCUCCCUCCCAGGGACCUCACAGUCAGACAAAGCCACAGUGGACAAUGUCCGCAGUUUAUACAAGAAAGUGCUGGAGCUAGACCGCACAAAGAAGAGGCUGGAGAUCAGAAAGCUGGAAUUAGAAAUUGAAAAGCUGGAACAUGAGAAGAAGGUAUUGUCUUAUCACUCCAUUAAUAUAUAGGCUACCCACACCCUAUAUGUGUGUCAUUGAUCUGGCUUUUCGUCACCUUUUCUUCUUGCAGGAAAGAGAGUCAUCUAAUAAAUGAAUAAUAUCAGA